AUGAGGGAGAAAGAAGAUGCAAAUGAAACUCCAAAUGACACUCAAAUGCAACUCAAACUUCGCGUGGACCCCACCAUCAUUGGCCGUUCCAUUACCCUCUACGAAGCUCAACGGGCGGUUCCGCUCUCACGUGCGCUUUUGAGUUGUGAUUCUCUUCACUACUUACGCGCUACACCACUAUCCUUUUCCUUCUUCUUACUUUAA